AGCAGCGCUGCCCACGAACUCGCCAUGGGGCAGCCCCACUCUCUCCAGUGGGGAGGGGGGAGGCCCCUUCUCUCCCCCCCAAGCCUCUACCCACACGAUCCCAGUUAAAUGCGGCGCCAGCCGCUCUGGUUCCUCACAGUCCGAAGCAGCGGCAACCAAGAGCGCCAUCGCCCGGCUCAGCUGCCUUCCCGCUGCCCCAAGCCGCCCACUCCCAGGCUCCCGGCGGCUUUACCUGUACCUGUACCAGUACCAGGGAGGAGUCGUUCGCCCACCCUCCGCUGCGUUGCGUAGCUGCCCUUCCGCGCCUUCUAGACGGCCGAAGCCCUUUUGAAGCAGAUAAAUGGUGCUGGUGGGGAUAUCCUGAAAUCUGCCUGUUGGAGUUUCCAUAAUAAAUGAGUUUAUUUUUUCUCUCCCCAAGUUGAGCUUUGAAAUAACCUGGACACAGACGAAGCCAGGCUGAGUGCCAACCUGCUGUUGAGAAAAUCCUCUAGACGUCUUCCUUGGAUUCCAUCAUCUUGAAACUGAAUGAUGAAGCUGCUAUAUGUUGCCCCUCUCCUUUUGCUCGCCUUUACAGCAGCCUCGGAAGCCCGACCAAAAGUCUUAGGGACAACAAAGUGUAAGACGGGUCCCCUGGACAUUGUUUUUGUGAUUGACAGCUCCCGCAGCGUCCGUCCCUUUGAGUUUGAAACCAUGAGGCGCUUCAUGAUUGACAUAAUUCACCACCUGGAUAUAGGGCCCAAUGCCACACGGGUCGGGGUGAUCCAGUACUCCAGCCAGGUCCAGAAUGUCUUCUCCCUCAAGUCCUACUUCAGCCGGGUGGAAAUGGAGAAGGCUAUCAACGCCAUUGUCCCCUUGGCUCAGGGUACUAUGACGGGGCUGGCCAUCCAGUAUGCCAUGAACGUGGCCUUUAGCACGCAGGAGGGAGCGCGGCCCCUGCACAAGAAGAUACCUCGGGUGGCAGUGAUUGUAACUGACGGGCGACCCCAGGACCGCGUGACAGAUGUGGCAGCUCAGGCACGAGCGGCCGGCAUUGAAAUCUAUGCUGUGGGUGUGCAGCGAGCGGACAUGAACUCCUUGCGAGCCAUGGCCUCUCCCCCGCUGGAGGAGCAUGUGUUCUUGGUGGAGUCCUUUGACCUCAUCCAACAGUUUGGCAAGCAGUUACAGGACAAGUUGUGUGGUGUUGAUAUGUGCACAGAACUGGACCAUGGCUGCCAGCACACUUGUGUCAGUGUCCCAGGCUCCUUCUAUUGUCAGUGUAAACCAGGAUACAAGCUCAACGCUGAUGGAAAGACAUGCGCCGUCAUUGAUGCCUGUGCUGAUGGGAGACAUGGCUGUGAGCAUCAAUGUGUCAGUUCUCUUGGCUCCUUUGCUUGCCGCUGCCGGACAGGCUAUCAGCUCAACCAGGACAAGAAGACAUGUAACAUGAUCAAUUUCUGCAACUUUGGCAACCACAGUUGCCAGCACGAGUGUGUGAACGUCCUCAACGGAUACUAUUGCCGCUGUCAUGAUGGCUACACCUUGCAGGCUGAUGGCAAGGCAUGUCAAGCCACUGACCUCUGCAAUAGUGUAGAGCAUGGAUGUGAAUUUAAGUGUGUCAGCACCACAGGCUCUUACCACUGUGUUUGCCCAGAGGGUCAGCAGCUCCAGGCAGAUAAGAAGACAUGUAACACUGCAGAAUGCAAAGCAGGGCACAUUGAUUUGGUGCUGGUGAUCGACGGUUCCAAGAGUGUCCGGCCUCAGAACUUCGAGCUGGUGAAGCAUUUUGUGAACCAGAUCGUGGACUUGUUGGACGUGUCCCCCCAUGGGACUCGUGUGGGCCUGGUCCAGUACUCCAGCCGCGUGCGCACAGAGUUCCCAUUGAACAAAUUCAUGACAGCGGCUGAUGUCAAGAAAGCAGUGCAGAGAGUGCAGUACAUGGAGAAGGGCACCAUGACGGGCCUGGCCCUCAAGCACAUGGUGGAGCACAGCUUCUCUGAGGCAGGAGGGGCCCGGCCUCUUUCCCAGAAUGUACCCAGGGUUGGCCUGGUGUUCACUGAUGGCCGCUCUCAGGACGACAUCUCGGAGUGGGCCAGAAGAGCAAAGGAAUCAGGAAUUGUCAUGUUUGCGGUGGGAGUUGGCAAAGCUGUGGAAGAGGAACUGAGAGAAAUUGCUUCCGAGCCAGUGGACCAGCACUUUUCAUAUUCUGCAGAUUUCAACACCAUGACUAAUAUUGUUGAUAAUCUCAAAGUCAACAUCUGUCCUGAGGAGGGCAAAGGAGAAACUGAAUUCCGUAGUCCGUGUGAAUGUGAGGCCCUGGUACAGUUCCAAUCAAACACUCUUGCAAUCCUGGAGGAUCUCACUAAUAAAAUUGCUCAGAUGAUGGCCAGAAUCGACCAGCUGGAAAACCAGGUUGGCAGGAAAUGAUCACUGUUGGUGAUUGACAGCCACCUCACCUGUGGGGCACAGAUGCAGCCUGCAGCUCAUCAUUGGCAUUCCUGUUGUAAAUGGUUCCCCCGAGGGGAAAUUGAAACAGAUCCCUUCUUCCGUAGUUUUUAAAAUUAUUUUAAAAAAACAACCCUUAAGUUGAAAUAAUCCUCCCCCCUAACUUGCCUUGAGAUGGAAGGUUGGGCUGUUUGACAAAACUGGUCCAGCCCUAACAGGUGGACACUUCAGAGGAAUGCACAGGAAGUGGGCUGUACAGCAUCUUCAAGAGCUACUGGGAUUGGUCAGCAGUGAUGGAAUUUUUCCUGGGGCUUUAUAGCAAACUCAAGAGCCUCGGACAGCAACAAGCCUGGUUAAAAAGAGAGCCCCUUCCUUGCCAAAUUGUAUUUUUUAGGCCCGGCUAUGAGCAGGAGAGACAUUAGCAGCUUCUGACGUUUUCAAACUGAGAACUGUGCUGCUGUCUCCCUUGUUAUCCUUCACUGUGAACAGCACACCAGCCUGCUCCUUUGUUUAAAACUUUCUGCUUCAGUUGCACACAAACACCUGCUUUUAAAAAGAAGGAAAUGAGAUUUUUAAAAAAAUAUAUAAGUUAGAAUAAGAUGCUCCAAAAAUUGAGCUGGGACAUUUCUGAUUGGAGCACUUCCCUCACCCCCUCCAACUUGCUUAUGACAGUAUUGAUGGAGAAUUGGUCAUUACCUCCCUUUUUUAAAUCAAACAAUUAUUUAAUACCUUUCUCUAUAAAAUAUGUGUGUAUAUAUAUUUCUGAAAGCAGAGCAGGUGGUCUUACUUUUAAACAAGCAUCUUUUUAUUAUAUGUAAUUUUUUAAU